AUGGACGACAUGAAAAAAGUUGAUAACAGCUCUUGCAAUGAUGGAGUUUUACUUAGAAUGGGCCUCAAUGAUAACAAAGCUGGAAUGCAAGGUUUGGACAAAGAGAAAAUCAAUAAAAUCAUCAUGGAAGCUACCAAGGGUUCUAGGUUUUAUGAAAAUGAACUUAAAAAAGAUCAACAAGUUAACCAACGAAUUGAAAAAAUGAUGCAGCUAAAAGAGAAAAUUACAACACAACAGCUCUUGAAAGCACAGCUGCAGAUGGACAAACUUGUGAUAGAACUGGAACAGAGCCGUAACCUUAACAGUACGAUUGUACACAUUGACAUGGAUGCCUUCUAUGCAGCCGUGGAAAUGAGAGACAAUCCAGAGCUGAAGGAAAAGCCUAUAGCAGUGGGAUCAAUGAGUAUGUUGUCCACCUCAAAUUACCACGCUAGGAGAUUUGGUGUACGUGCAGCCAUGCCUGGAUUUAUUGCUAAAAAGCUGUGUCCACAUCUAACUAUAGUACCAUUAAACUUCGAAAAAUACGGCAAAGUGAGUAAAGAGGUUAGAGAAAUACUUGCCGAAUAUGAUCCCAGUUUUAUGCCUAUGGGCCUAGAUGAAGCCUACCUGAACAUAACAGAUCACUUGGAGGAAAGGCUGAACUGGCCUGAAGAUAAGAGAAGAUUCUUUUUUAACACAGAAAGCACUAUAGGAAGAGAUAAAGAUGAUACAAAUAUGUCUGCCAAAUUUAAUGAAGAUGGAUACUCUUCUUCACCAGUACUGUUUGAAGACAGUACACCUCUGAUGGAUGACCACCCUGAACAGAGAGAUCAAUCAGUGGAAAAUUCGGUUGUCUUUGGAACUUCUGCAGAGGAAGUUGUGAAGGAAAUUCGCUUUAGGAUUGAGCAGAAAACUCAACUGACUGCUAGUGCAGGAAUAGCGCCAAAUACAAUGUUAGCAAAAAUGUGCAGUGAUUGUAAUAAACCUAACGGGCAAUACAGAAUUGCUCCUAAGAGACAAGCAGUGCUAGACUUCCUAAAAGAUUUGCCCAUUAGAAAGGUGCCAGGCAUAGGAAAAGUAACAGAGAAGAUGUUAAAAGCCCUUGGAAUUGUGACUUGCUCAGAACUUUACCAGCAGAGGGCACUGCUUUCUCUUCUUUUUUCAGAAGCAUCUUGGCGUAAUUUCUUGGAUAUUUCCCUUGGUUUGGGUUCAACACAUUUGGAAAAGGAUGGAGAAAGAAAAAGUAUGAGCACUGAAAGAACAUUCAGUGAAAUAAACACAGCAGAAGACCAGUACAGCUUGUGUCGAGAACUCUGCAGAGACCUUGCUCAAGAGCUGCAGAAAGAGGGACUUAAGGGUAAAACUGUUACUUUGAAGCUAAAGCAUGUCAACUUUGAAGUAAAAACAAGAGCUUCAACUGUGCUGUCUUCUGUUUCUACUGAGGAGGAAAUAUUUGCUGUUGCUAAAGACUUAUUAGGAACAGAAAUUGAUAGUGUUGCUCCUCACCCUUUACGGAUAAGACUUAUGGGUGUACGAGUAUCAGGAUUUCUAAGUGAAGAAGAGAAGAAGUACCAACAAAAAAGCAUUAUGAGUUUCUUAAAAUCAGGAAAAGAAACUGGUUUUCUUAGGCUUCAGCCAGGGAAGUCCAACCAAGAAUAUUUCACAAAAAAUUCAGAAGCAUCUCCCAGAGGGAGUUUUUUUGAUAAAAAGCGAGCUGCAAGGCAACUGAACAGUGAGAAUCUUUCUCCAAAUGGAAGUGUAGGUAAGCAGCUUUUUCAUGAUAAGAAAUCAGCAAAUUUUGUGGAAGAAACAAAGAAAGUCACAGACUUACAGAAUUCUAACGUGUGUAGGAUCUUCACCUGCCCUGUUUGCUUUGAGGAGCAAAGCAGCAAUAAUUUGGAAGACUUUAAUAGGCAUAUUGAUGAGUGCCUCAAUGGGACUCUUGUUAAAGAUACCGUGGAAAUAUCCAAGAAUGACAAUUCAAGAGAAAAUACACUUAAGUGUCUUCCACAAUUUAAAAAUGAAAAUGUUGAUGAAUGUCAAAAAAAUAAAACAGAUCAAUUAGCAGGAACAGACCAGUCUGCAAGUACAUCUGACAACUCUACUAGCAAUAGUACAGAAAAAUUCACUCAGAUAAUAUCUGAUAAAUCUCACGCAGAAAGACAGCCUAGCGAUCUCAGUGAUAUUGCUAGAAACGUGUGUAUGAAACAGUGUCUCUUCCCCAAAAGAAUUUCACAAGACAAUGAAGACUGUUUUGAAAAGACUGAAUACACAGAAGAAACUAGUUCGUCCUGUUUCUUUGAAGCCAAAGAAGACAGUGUUCUUGUUUGUCCAAUUUGUAAUUCAGAACAGAAAACCACCAGUCUUGUGUCAUUUAACAGACAUGUGGAUGUCUGCUUAAAUAAAGGCCUUAUCCAGGAGCUGACAGAAAAAAAAGAUUUUCCUACUAAGACUUAUAAUAUGGAAAACUCAAACAGAGUUGGAGGUUUAAGCAGAGGACAGCAAUGCACAAAUCCAUCACAAGGAACAAAAAGGUCUGGACUAACAACUUCACAGUCAGUACCAAAAAAGGCCAAGUCGAGCAAUUCCAAGCACACAAUUGAAAUGUUUUUUAAAUGA